CCAUGACUACAAAAAUAACAAUGGAAGAAAUGAGAGCAGCUUAUCAAAGAACUGCUCCAUUUCUUCAUAAAACACUUGUUAUAACAAGUGAAAAUAUUGAUGAAAAAGUUGGAAAUGGAACACAUGUUCUAUUCAAAUGUGAACAUUUACAAAAAACUGGAAGUUUCAAAGCCAGAGGAGCACUGAAUUCUGCUAUUUUGGCAAAAGAGAAAAAUGCAAAAGGAAUGAUUGCCCAUUCGUCUGGAAAUCACGGGCAAGCUCUAGCGUGGGCUGCUCAAAAAAUCGGACUUCCUUGUACAAUUGUCGUUCCAAAAAAUGCUCCAAUUUCUAAAAUUGAAGGAAUGAGAGAAUACAAUGCGAAUAUUGUUUUCUGUGAGCCAACUGUUACUAGUCGAGAAUCUGUAUGUGCUGAUUUGACUGAAAAACUUGAGUAUUAUUGUGUAGAACCUUAUAAUUGUGUUUCAAUGAUCAACGGACAUUCAUCAGUUGCAUUUGAAAUCCUGGAACAGGUUGGCAAUGAGAUUGAUUCCAUUUUUUUAUCUGUUGGAGGUGGUGGUUUAGCUUCAUCUGUUGCUUUUCUGAUAGGCAACUUGAGGCCAGACAUCGAAGUAUACCUUGUGCAACCAGCACAGAAAGAACUUUCGAACUUUCUGGAAAAUGGAAUUAAGUGUCCGGUUGACACAUUGGAUACAAUUGCUGAUGGAGUUCGUGUAGCAAGAGUUGGACCGCUUUGUGAACCAAUACUCAAACAGUAUUGUGCACAAAAAGUUAUCAGUGUGAAGGAAGACGAGAUCAAAGAAGGAUUGAAACUCAUAUGGACAAGAAUGAAGCAACGAAUUGAACCAACUGCAGCACUUGCAUUUGCAGGAGUUCUCUACCACAAACCGGCUCACAUCAAACGUCCACUAGUCAUCCUAUGCGGAGGAAAUGUUGAUACUAAUUAUGUGAUCAAUUAAUUAAUAUUAAUUUUUUGAAAUUUUUUGAUGAAAUUGUUAAACUGAUAAAUAAAAAAAAGCCAAAUUGU